ACCACUACCGCACAUAUCCAACAAGCCACGACCGAAGCAAAAAUUGAUUUGCAUCGACCACAUACCUUAACAACUGAAGAAACUCUCAAUGUUUUUAAAGUUGAUUUUCAAAACGGUUUAGCCACCCAAGAAGCCAAAGCAAGAUCGGAAACAAACGGUCAAAACGUUAUCCGUGAAGCAAAAGGCGUUAGCAUCUGGUCAAUUGCUCUACGUCAAGUCGCCAAUGCCCUUACAGUGAUCUUGCUGGCCGCCAUGGCUCUCUCUUUUGGUGUUCAAGAUUGGGUAGAAGGUGGUGUGGUGAGCGCAGUGAUUGUGGUGAAUGUCGUAAUCGGCUUUGUACAAGAAUACAAAGCGGAAAACGCUCUCGCCUCUUUACGUUCACUCUCUUCACCUACUUCUUCUGUCAUUCGUGAUCAAGGCAAAAUUCAAGAAAUUGAUGCACGUCAAGUGGUAGUAGGAGAUAUCGUUCACUUCAAAACAGGUGACGUGGUUCCAGCUGAUGUACGAAUUAUCACUUUGUCAAGCCUGGAGAUUGAUGAAGCACCCCUUACAGGUGAAAGUGUUCCUGUACUCAAGACUAGUGAUGCUCUUCAUGAUGUUGCAGCAGCACCACUUCCACCAGCAGACCGUACCAACCUUGCAUUUGCAGGCACAACUGUUACCAAAGGUCGCGGUGCAGGUGUUGUGGUCGCGAUUGGAAUGCAAACACAAAUCGGUCAAAUCGCAGCAGCUUUGGACAAAAAGAAUGCCAACAAGCAUCACCUCAAAAAAGCUGAUGGUAGUCCAGCUGCAUGGUACGUUCGCGCUUGGGAGCCUGUUGCAAAACUUCUUGGAUUACGAGACGGUACUCCACUACAACGUAAGCUUUCACGUUUUGCAUUGAUCUUAUUGGGUCUCGCAGUCAUUUGUGCAAUUAUCGUGUUUGCAGUCGCAGAAUUUGACUUGAGCGACGAUGUUAUCUUAUAUGCGAUCGCAUUGGGUAUUGGAGUUUUACCGGAAAGUUUAGUGGCCGUCUUAACAAUUACAUUCUCCGUUGGUGCAAAACGAAUGGCAAAUUCAAAUGUGAUCGUACGUAAGCUUGAAGCGUUAGAAGCUUUAGGUGGCGUGACGGAUAUUUGUUCAGAUAAAACUGGUACUUUGACCCAUGGCAAAAUGAUCGUCGAUAAGAUUUGGACGCCAAGUGGUAGAACAUUGUCCGUCGAGAAAGGAGGUACCUCCGUUCUAGAGCCCGUUGGUCAAUUAGUCGGUAAUGACAAGGAGAAGAUCGACAAUGGUGAUAUUGAUGCGGCCACCAGACAAUUGUGUUUAGCCGCUUGCUUGUGCAACGUUGCCCAAAUUUGGUACGAUGAAGAAGCUAAGCAGUGGGCAUCUCGUGGUGAUCCAACAGAGGUAGCAUUGCAAGUUCUCGCACGAAAGGUGGACAUGGAUCGGGAAGAAUUACUGAAAAGUAGAUUUACCUUUGAACAAGAACAUGCAUUUGAUUCAACAACCAAACGAAUGACAAUGAUGUUCACUGCCAAAGAUGAACACGACAAGCAAUUGUUUAUGAAAGGUGCUCCUGAACGUGUUUUGGAAUGCUGUUCAACAUAUUCACCUGCUAAUUCGAGUAGUGACAUUGCAACCUCUCUUGAGCAACAAGUCAAACAAAAUAUCUUGGAUCAAAUGGAAACCUUGGCAUCUCAAGGACUGCGUGUGCUGGCAUUUGCAAGUAGAAAGGUGGAUGUGGACUUAUUGCGCAAGAACAACAACAAGUACAUAUCUUCUUCCUCCAUUCAACUCGAUCAACCUGAAAAAGGUGAUCAAAGUGAAUUAGCCCACGGACAAUUGCCUCGCUCUGAAGCCGAGCAAGAUUUCCAUUUUGUUGGUUUGUGCGGUUUAUAUGACCCACCAAGGAAUGAAACAUAUGGUUCAGUAAAAUCUUGUCAAAAUGCCGGCAUUAUCGUAAGAAUGAUUACCGGUGAUCACAUUGCAACUGCACGUGCGAUUGCAAAAGAAGUUGGAAUUUUGGAUGGAAGUGAAUGUGAAAGUGCAGUGAUGAGCGCUGGUGAUUUCGAUCAAUUAUCCGAACAACAAAUUGAUGCUUUGCCCACAUUGCCUCUAGUCGUUGCACGAUGUUCACCGACAACCAAAGUUCGAAUGAUCGCAGCAGGAGCAAGAAGAGGCAGAUUACUCGCCAUGACUGGUGACGGUAUCAAUGAUGCUCCCGCUUUACUAAACGCUCCAAUUGGUAUUGCAAUGGGAAGUGGAACUGAUGUCGCAAAAGACUCGGCAGAAUUGAUUUUAACCGAUGAUAAGUUCGACAACAUCGCAAAAGCAGUCAAGGAAGGUAGAACGGUUUUCAAGAAUAUUCAACGUUUCAUGAUCGCCCUUUUGGUCUUGAAUGUUGCAGAAGUCCUGCUAUUGUUAAUCGGUUUGGCCUUGCGUGACGCAAAAGAUGAUUCAAUCUUCCCCAUUUCGCCGAUCGGUGUUUUGUUCUUGAACUUGAUUGCCGGUUUGCCCGCUAUUGGAUUGGGAUUCGAAAAGGCAGAAAAAGAUGUGAUGCGCAAGCCACCUCAUGACCUCAAAGGUGGUGUAUUAAGCAAGCAAGUCUUAUGGGAUUUGUUCGUUUAUGGUCUCACAAUGGGCUGGACAUGCUUGAUCGUAUUUAUUGUCAUGUUAUUCGGAAUUGGUGAUGGUUCUCUUGGAUUCGAAUGCAAUGACGAUGGGCCGUUUUGCCACAAUGUCUUUGAAGCACGCUCUGCAACAUUCACUGCUCUAUUUUUGCAAGGCUUAUUGAUUCCUUGGCAUUUGAUCUCGAUGGAACAAAGCUUAUUGCGCAUCAACCCAGUCAAACGGUUACGAUCCAAUCCAUUCUUGUUAUGGUCAGUCUUGUUUGGGAUUGUGACGAUUCCAAUCUGUCUCUAUGUUCCUAAGUGGAAUACUGUUGUUUUUCGUCAAGCAAGCUUGGGUGGAGCAGGCUGGGGUAUCGCUCUUGCAGCAGUUGCCAUCUUUUGGCUUGUUCUGGAAGCUUGGAAGUACUUUGCUCGUCGAAACCAUUGGCCAUGGCUUACAAAGAUUUCAGGCGGU